AUGGCUCCCGAGAAAGGUGAAGAUUGGGCGUAUUUUGAUUGGGCUCCUAACUCCAACGUUGUUAUGGAUCCAGUAGACGGUGAAGUGUACGAGCUAGUGAUCCGUCGAGAUAAGGACCGCAAGAUGCACGGAAUCUUCCAUGCGUUUCCGGAUCUUACAGAAUAUCGAUCUCAAGAUGUCUUUCAACGGCACCCGAGUAAGGAAACUUUAUGGCGUUAUUCCGGACGCUUAGACGACAUCGUUGUUCUAAGCAAUGGAGAAAAGUUCAACCCUAUUGCUAUUGAGAAGGCGAUCGAGGCACACCCAUUAGUCUCAAAAGCAUUGGUAGUGGGACAAGGGAACUUUCAAUCUGCUCUGCUGAUUGAACCAAAUUGGGACCUAUGGACCGAGGAUGAGCAUACAGUCAAAGACUUUCUGAAUGAGAUCUGGCCAUUGGUCAGCAAGGCCAAUGAAAUGGCCCCUGCAUGUGGUCGAGUGAUGUUCAAUCGCAUUGGUCUUGCGACUAAAGCAAAGCCCUUCAAAGUUACCGCAAAGGGGAGCACCCAGCGCCGACAAGUCAACAAUGACUACCAUGCUGAGAUUGAGAGCCUUUAUGAGCAAGAGCCAAUCACCAAUUUGGAAUUUCCCGACAAGCCCUCAGUAUCUUCGAUUACCGACUAUAUCCGCCAUGUUGUUCACAGCCAGUUCAACAAUCGGUUGAUGAAUGACACAGACGAUUUCUACGUGGCCGGGCUCGACUCCUUACAGACCAUUACCCUUGUCAAUAUGUUGAACAGUGCCAUGAAGGCGACAAAAUCAAAAUGGGAUAAAUCAGUCACUGCACAGAUGGUCUAUGAUCACCCCACCGUUUUAACCCUAUCACACUUCAUCAACAAUAUCCUGCAUGGCAGCUCCGACUAG